AUGCAUUUCAUAAUAAGCCUUAUCGCCCCCUGCCUCGUUGCCGCCGCAAGCGUGCAAGUUCUCCCCAGCUCGCCCGUAGAGCAGCGUCAGGAUACCCCCCGCAUCUAUGCCAAGUUCUACAAUGAUACGGCAUGCCUCGAUACCUGGGUCGAGGACACUGUCUGGCUCGAGAACCCGCCGCAGACCUGCAUUGAGAACACCAUCACCGCCACCUACGGCAGUACCUUGAUUGCCGAUAACCUCGCCACACACACCCUUCGCGUUUUCAGCCUUCCCGGCUGCAACCCCAACCAGGGUAACUACUAUGAUGUCCCCGCGGGAGUGGAGAAAUGCUAUGCGGGACAGGCCAGAUCGGUGGAAUUCCUCUAA